AUGGCUCCCUCGCUGGCUCCUGUCCUAUCGGCAUUACUUGCUCUUACCGGCAACGCAUUCGGCCAAAAAUACACUCUCGCUCAAACAAUAAACGCCGAGAACUUCUUCGAAGAGUUCAUCUUUAACACGACGGGCACCAUCACCUCUCAACCGGACGACAAUUGGGCUUGGGUCCAGUUUCAAAACUUGAACGAUGCCCGCACCAAUGAGUUGGCAAGGGUACGAAACGACGAAGUAUAUCUUGGUGUCGACCACAGAACCGAACUCGAUCCGAAUCAAGACGAGGGAAGACGCAGCUUGCGUCUGGUGUCUCGCAACACAUAUAAGCACGGCCUCCUGAUCACCCGGUUCAGCCACUUUCCUGCCGCUGUGUGCGGAGGAUGGCCUUCUUACUGGCUGCUUGGCGAGGGGCCGUGGCCUAACGCCGGUGAGAUGGACCUGUACGAAGGUUGGAACCUUGCCGUCGCCAACAAGCCAGCAUUUCAUGUUGGGGAGGAGAAGGUGCUCGGAACGUGCAAAAUGCAUCCCACGUUCCAGAAAGCCAACGUCAUAUCCGACAACUGCGACAACACCUACGCCGAUCAGGUAACGCAAUGGCCAUUCCAGGGCUGCCAGUCGGAAGAACCAAAUGGUAUAUGGGCAUCGGACAAGGGCGGUACUCCAGAGGCUCUCGAAUGGACGAGCGAAUACAUCAAGCUAUUUUCCUGGAAACGAGGCGAAGAGCCGGCCAACAUCGACGACGACCAACCGGACGUCAAGUCCUGGGGUGCUCCAUCCGUCAACGUCGACGAUUGCGACAUCGACCGUCACUUUGCAGCACAGCGGAUCAUCUUCACCCUGCCCUUUUGCGGAGACCCUGUUGGUACUCCCCUGUUCUGGUCUGAACUGGACGGAGGAAGCGGAAUAACAUGCGACAAACACACGGGAAAGAAAACAUGCAUCGAACACGUCGCCUCGAACCCAAAAGCGUUCAAGGACUUUUAUUUCCAAGUUCAAGACAUUCGAUACUUCAACUCAACACAGCCUUCCAUUGAUCCUGCUUCCCCCACUGUUACGCCCGCCAGAAGCAGCACCGCUGGUUCCCGAAACAACAUGAUCAUCAAUGCGGCGCCCGAUGAAUACAGCGGCAAGAAGUUCGUGUGA